GUUACACCUCCAUGUCUUUUUCUAAAGUGAAAGUUGGUUAAAUCUAGCUACUAGUCUAAAGCCCAUGCCUCAGUUUAUUUUUCAGUCAUGAACCUAAAAUUAAGUAUGACGCACACAGCACAUUGCCUAGUACUUUUCCAGUGAAAUAUACUGUCCUCCCAAGCUCUUCCGUGUUAUCAGACGUGUCAAUGUUGCGUAAACACCGAACAAGGGCGAAAACGACCUCCUUGUUCAGGCAAGAAGAGAACAAAGACGAGUCACUACACUUUUGACAUAUUUUAACCUGGUUUAUACGGAAUGUUUAGGUGAUACAACUAUUUAAUUCAUCGGGUGAAUCACCACAUCAAUGGGGUUGUUACAGAAGGUGAAGACUGAGUUUCUUCGCUGUGAGAGGGGAAAAGAAGAUGCUGUAGAAUUCCUCAGCCAAAUCAAAGAGAUUGUGUCGAAACAUCGCAACAGCAAGAUUCCUCUUGCAAAGCCGAAAAGUUACGAGUUGAGAAUCGGGGGUCUGGAGGACACUGUCCACGCUGGAGAUGGUGAACAGUUAGAAGUUUGGAAAGACUGCUACCUUCCAGAGAGAAUGGAGAUGGUGGUCAUUGGUGCCCUGGAUGACUUCCGAUGUUCGGCAGCAGGAUGGCAGCUGGUUCUCCUGUUAUGUGAAGAUGGUAAUGUCUACGCCUACGAGUUUGAAGUUCUACACCUGGUUGCCAGAAGCUUGGAGGAUCUCUUUAAAUCUGGAGCGGAGUUCCCAGGACCGGAGAAAUUCAGAUUUGGAGAAUGCUUUGAGGAAUUGUCUGAGGAAGAGAUGAAGAAAGAGAUGCAAUGCGAUGAAAUAAAGAACAUAGAUGACGAGCAUAUUCACUUCAGAAGAAGAUUGGAGAUUGAAAUGCUGGAGGAUCUCAAAGCAAUCAGUCAAUCUGAGGUAAUAAUGAUUCAGACUGACGGCAUGAGAGACAUGACAAAACAUGACAGAAGUGUGUAUAUUGAAAUCAGGGAAAUCUUAAGACAAAAAUAAAUGAGCUAUGCUAAAUAAUUCAAA